AUGAUACUACUGGUAAUCUACUACGCAACAAAUGCUACUACUGGUAAUGUAACAGUUUCGACAGAAUCUACAACACCAGCACUUACGAACGCUACAGCUACUACUCAAGCAAAUGCUACUACUGGUAAUGUAACAGUUUCAACAGAAUCUACAACACCAGCACCCGUAAACACUACAGCUACUACGCAAGCAAAUGCUACUACUGGUAAUGUAACAGUUUUGACAGAAUCUACAACACCAGCACCUACAAACGCUACAGCUACUACGCAAGCAAAUGCUACUACUGGUAAUGUAACAGUUUCGACAGAAUCUACAACACCAGCACCCGUAAACGCUACAGCUACUCCACAAGCAAAUGCUACAACUGCUAAUGCAACAAUUUCAACAACAACUACUCCAGCGGUACCUAUAAACUCUACAAAUACUUCAACAGUAACUACCCCAAUAACAACAACAGUGGUGACAACAGCAACAACAACAACAGCAGCUGUAACAGUUCGUCCACAGCCAACUGUCGGCCUGAGUGUUCCUCUCAAGACUGAGUAUACUAAACAAUUAAGUGAUCCAACUACUCCUGAAUUUAAAUCUUUGGCUGCACAGUUGACUCAACUGUUGAAUCAAAUCUAUACAAUUCUCUUUGGCUCUAAGUACCGCGGCUGCAGAGUCAAAGCUUUCAAGCCUCAACCUAUACGUGCUUUACAAAAUACAGAUGCAGAUGUCGAGCUGAUAUUCGACGAGAACUCCACAACUCCCAUCCCAUCUGGACAAGCAGCAGCAACUGCUCUGAAGGAGGCUGUAGAUAAUAGCAGUACUUUGAGUGCGCUAAUUAAUUCCAGCGCAAUCACUGUCCUUAAUCAGCCAAUUGAUGUGACUGUGAUUUUCUUAACAAAUGGCACUUUUACAGCAGCGCUCUCAAAUACUAGUUCAGAUUCAUUCACAACCAGAACAUUAAUGAUUAAAAAUGGACUUAACCCUUUUUUCACUGAAGACUUCCCAAAUUCAUUCAGUCUCUUAACCAUGUUAAACUACAGCACAGGAAGGUUUAAAGCAGCUAAUGAUUCAAUUCUGAACAACAUGGAUUUGGCUUUUAACAGCUCUGCUGGAAAUCCCAACACCACCCAAAUUGCUGAAACUAUGUUUCGAGCAGCCAAAAGUGGCACCCUUCCUUUUCAGAUCUACAUCACCAGUAUCACAGUGAAUGGCACGGUAUUUAAUUCGGGUGAUGUCAGCAGCAAGAUCAGUGUGCUCAUGGCGUGCUUCAUGGUGGCUGUGUCGCUUCUGUUCACACGGUCCAGCUGAUGCUAAACCACAUCCUCCUCUCAGAAUGAGAACCAUGACCAAGUUUGACUCUCCUGUUCCCUCAAUGAAUCAUGCGAAUAUACCGAGCUAAGAUUUUAAAUAAUGUGUAUGCGUAAAAUGUACAAUAGGAAGAGCAUUAUAAGAAUCUGCCAACCUGUAUGAAUGUGCAAUGAUAUGGUUUGGUCAGUGUAACAUAUUAUUUGUUUUUGAUUGCGGAUUACUCAAUCCUGGAGUCGAAUUUACAGUGAUGGAAUUGUAUUUAUCAAAUGGAAACUAUUCUAUGAUAGAUCUAAGUUAACAUGAGUAAGUACUGUAUAUUUUUACUAUCAAACCAGCUUUAGUGAUGCAUGUGACAUUAAAUGCACGCUUUGGCUUUGGCUUAAAAUACUUUCCAAAGUAUUACAGGUUUCUGCAAAUGAUUAAAUAUAAUCCAGACGAUGUCUUAAAUUAUGUUUUAGUCAAAAUUAAUUUAGCAUGAAUGAACACAUCAACACAUAAAUGAACUGUUCUGUAAAAUACAGAAUUGUGGUUUGACUGGAUUCAAUACGUGUCUUAACCUGGAGUUCUUUCUUAAUAUACAAAGCAAUGAAGGAGAAAAUAUGUUAUUUAUACUGUAAGUUCUAUAAACUGGUGCACUUUACAAAAAUUCUUGUGUAA